AUUAUUAACAACUUCUUCCCAACUCCUUUCAUUAUAAAUUCUAAAAAAAAAGAAUAUUUUAUAUUCACUCUAACUUAAUUCACAACUUGUUCCAAACAAGAGAAAGAAACAAAAUCUUAUUUUUUUUUAUUGAUAUUUACUAUAUGUUCCCUAUGGUAACUGGGUUCAUCAAUUAUGGUCAACAAACAAUACGUGCGGCAAGGUACAUUGGUCAAGGUUUUAUGAUUACUUUAUCCCACGCUAAUCGUUUACCCGUAACUAUUCAAUAUCCGUAUGAAAAAUUGAUCACAUCAGAGCGUUUUCGUGGUCGAAUUCAUUUUGAAUUUGAUAAAUGCAUUGCUUGUGAAGUAUGUGUUCGUGCAUGUCCUAUAGAUUUACCCGUUGUUGAUUGGAAAUUGGAAACGGAUCUUCGAAAGAAACGGUUGCUUAAUUAUAGCAUUGAUUUCGGAAUUUGUAUUUUUUGUGGUAAUUGUGUUGAGUAUUGUGAUAGGGUAGAGCUAGGACAGUUAUUGUAUGAGGGAGCCACUACGAAGAAGUUACGGGAGUUACGAAAGAAGUUUCGAGCUCGUAUUGGUCAUGGGUUGAGAACGGGAAUUGAACUGUAUGAGAUCGAGUCUCCCGUUGUUCCUCAGUAG